AUGCCAGUCCGCAGGGGCCACGUUGCUCCCCAAAACACUUACUUGGACACCAUCAUCCGCAAGUUUGAGGGCCAGAGUCGUAAGUUCCUGAUCGCCAAUGCCCAGAUGGAGAACUGCGCCAUCAUUUACUGCAAUGACGGCUUCUGCGAACUCUUCGGCUACUCCCGUGUGGAAGUGAUGCAGAGACCCUGUACCUGUGACUUCCUCACGGGCCCCAACACUCCAAGCAGUGCCGUGUCCCGCUUGGCGCAGGCCCUGCUUGGGGCCGAAGAGUGCAAGGUGGACAUCCUCUACUAUCGCAAGGACGCUUCCAGCUUCCGCUGCCUGGUGGAUGUGGUCCCUGUGAAGAAUGAGGACGGGGCUGUCAUCAUGUUCAUCCUCAAUUUCGAGGACCUGGCCCAGCUCCUGGCCAAGAGCAGCAGCAGAAGCCUGACCCAGCGCUUGUUGUCACACAGCUUUCUGGGCUCUGAGGGCUCUCACAGCAGGCAGAGUGGACAGGGGCCUGGCCCAGGCACGGGAAAGUACAGAACCGUCAGUCAGAUUCCGCAGUUCACACUCAACUUCGUGGAGUUCAACCUGGAGAAACACCGCUCAGGCUCCACCACGGAGAUCGAGAUCAUCGCUCCCCACAAGGUGGUGGAGCGGACACAGAAUGUCACUGAAAAGGUCACCCAGGUCCUGUCCCUGGGCGCAGACGUGCUGCCAGAGUAUAAGCUACAGGCGCCGCGCAUUCACCGAGGUACCAUCCUGCACUACAGCCCCUUCAAGGCCGUGUGGGACUGGCUCAUCCUGCUCUUAGUCAUCUAUACAGCCGUCUUCACGCCCUACUCCGCCGCCUUUCUGCUCAGCGACCAGGAUGAAUCACAGCGCGGUACCUGCGGCUAUACCUGCAGCCCGCUCACCGUGGUGGACCUCAUCGUGGACAUCAUGUUCGUCGUGGAUAUUGUCAUCAACUUCCGGACCACCUACGUCAACACCAACGAUGAGGUGGUCAGCCACCCCCGGCGAAUCGCCGUCCACUACUUCAAGGGCUGGUUCCUCAUCGACAUGGUCGCUGCCAUCCCUUUUGACCUGCUUAUCUUCCGCACUGGCUCAGACGAGACCACCACCUUGAUCGGGUUACUGAAGACAGCACGCCUCCUGCGGCUGGUGCGCGUGGCCCGGAAGUUGGACCGCUAUUCUGAAUACGGGGCUGCCGUACUCUUCCUGCUCAUGUGUACUUUCGCGCUCAUUGCGCACUGGCUGGCCUGUAUCUGGUACGCCAUCGGCAACGUGGAGCGGCCCUACUUGGAGCCCAAGAUUGGCUGGCUGGACAGCCUGGGCGCACAGCUUGGCAAGCACUAUAAUGGCAGCGACCCAGCCUCGGGACCCUCUGUCCAGGACAAGUAUGUCACCGCCCUCUACUUCACCUUCAGCAGCCUCACCAGUGUGGGCUUCGGCAACGUGUCACCCAACACGAACUCUGAGAAGGUCUUCUCUAUCUGCGUCAUGCUCAUUGGCUCCCUUAUGUACGCCAGCAUCUUUGGCAACGUGUCGGCCAUCAUCCAGCGCCUGUACUCGGGCACUGCCCGCUACCACACGCAGAUGCUGCGUGUCAAGGAAUUCAUCCGCUUCCACCAGAUCCCCAACCCACUGCGGCAGCGCCUGGAAGAGUAUUUCCAGCAUGCCUGGUCCUACACCAACGGCAUCGACAUGAACGCGGUGCUGAAGGGCUUCCCUGAGUGCCUGCAGGCGGACAUCUGCCUGCACCUGCACCGGGCGCUGCUGCAGCACUGCCCCGCCUUCCGCGGCGCCAGCAAGGGGUGUCUGCGCGCGCUCGCGGUCAAGUUCAAGACCACGCACGCGCCUCCUGGGGACACCCUGGUGCACCUGGGCGACGUGCUGUCCACGCUCUACUUCAUCUCUCGCGGCUCCAUCGAGAUCCUGCGCGAUGACGUGGUCGUGGCCAUUCUAGGGAAGAACGACAUCUUUGGGGAGCCUGCCAGCCUCCAUGCCAGGCCAGGCAAAUCUAGCGCGGAUGUGCGCGCCCUGACCUACUGCGACCUGCACAAGAUCCAUCGAGCUGACCUGCUGGAGGUGCUGGACAUGUACCCUGCCUUUGCAGACACCUUCUGGAAUAAGCUGGAGGUCACCUUCAACCUGCGGGGCGCAGAUGGGGGUCUCCAGUCAACACCCCGACAGGCCCCAAGCAACCAAGACCCCCAAGGCUUCUUCCUCAAUGACAGCCAGUCAGGUGCUGCCCCUUCCCUGGGCAUUUCAGACACAUCUGGGCUUUGGCCUGAAUUGCUACAGCAAAUGCCCCCGAGUCCCCCAGACCCAGGACAGAACCUGGAUUGCUGGCCUCGGGAGCUAGGCUUGAAGUUAGAAAAGCUCCAAACCCAGAUGAACAGAUUGGAGUCCCGCAUGUCGUCAGACCUCAGCCGCAUCCUACAGCUGCUUCAACCUCCACAGGGCCACCCCAGCUACAUCUUGGGAGCCCCUGCCUCCAGUGACCUGGCCUUGUUUCCUGAAACGUCAGUGACUCAGAGUUCAGAGUCUACGCUUCUGGUGGGACAUAUGCCAUCUGCACAGACCCUAAGCUACGGUGACUUGGACAAACGUAUUCGGACGCCCAGGAAUUUCUCCCCCGGGAUCCCUCACGUGGCCAUGGCAGUGGACAAAUCUCUGGUGCCAUCCUCCAAACAAGAGCAACCUGAGGGGCUCCUGUCACCUCUAGCCUCACCUCUGUGUCCCCUGGAAGUACAGGGACUGGGUGGUUCCCGCUUUUCCUCUCUCCCUGAACACCUCAGCUCUGUUCCCAAGCAACUGGAGUUCCAGAGACAUGGUUCGGAUCCUGGAUUGACAAGGAGUUAGGGUCUUUGGAUCCCAGGAGAAAAGCUACCAUGGGGGAAUGUAAAUACAGCAAGAUCAGAGUUAAGCCCCUUUCCGGGGAGAACCACACAGCUCUCCCAUGGCUCUUAGAAAAACUACAGCCUGCUGAACCAGGUGACCAGGAUGACCUGAGCAAAGAGGCCCAGGGCUUGGCCCAGCCUCCCCUUAGUCAGCAAGCCAGGCAGAGGGUUGCUCAGAGGUAGCUUACAGGGUGCAAGAGUCGGUGGAGAAGAGAGAUGCUUCAGAUCUUCUGGAGAGUCUUGGUUGGGGCCACACCUCGAAGGUCAGAACCACCCUCUGCCUCAAAAGCCCAGACCCAAGGCCAGGGUUGACCAGACCUUUACCAAAAGCCUCUAAUAUGGCUGGAAUUAGAGGUGUCCUCUGUGCUGGACAUAAAAGACAGAGCUCCAGCCCUCAACCCCUCUACCAUUGAGAGUCCCAUAACAGUAUCUGG